GUGUGUGUGUGUGUGUUCAAUAAGGAGGAUCUGUCCUGACGGACAAGUUGAGACAGAAGUUAAGGUGUGGCGACAGUCAUGAGGAGGAUACCUAUCUGCGACAUUCAAGUUCCAGGGGUGGAAACUUUUUGGAACUUUUCUUGAUCUCUAAGUCCAUACCGCGUAUCGAGUAUUUUCAUUGAAUGCCCGCGGCCAUAUGGUAGGCCUAGUGUUGAAGAGGAGUGAGGUCUGAGUCCGUGCGGUGCGGUACGGUGCGGUACGGUGCGGUGCGUGCGGGUGACUGAGCCAGGAACAGAUCUGGAGGCAGCAGGAGCGUCGCAGGUUGGAUUUCGCUGUUUUUGGUGACCCGAAAUCGGCAUUGCUGGAUCCCAAACCUUCAGAACAUGCACAUGUGGCUCAUGCGUUUUGGAGGAAUCUAACAAUCUGCCAUGGAGAACGCUUAAAAACUGCUGGAGGAAGAGCAGGCUAUGCUUCACUGCAGCUCUGAUCUCUUCUUGACCCUUUCCUCUCAUUUCUGGCCUUAGCUUUUUUCAUAUUUUUGCAAAACUUCCUUUACCUAUACUUUUCCAUAAGUUCUCACACAGCUACCAUGCGCCGAUUCAGCUCUGAGGGAUCCCUCCUGGAUCUUGACUUCCUUCCCUGGAAGAGGAUGGCACUGAAGGACCCAGAUGAUGGGAAGAACCGCAAGUCUGGCAUCUACACACCUCACAUAAAGGAAGAUGAGCUGGGUGGAGGCUCAGGCUUCCAGACUCCCACCAUCCUGGAGCCAAGAGCGAGUCCCACUGAGGUUGGAAAGAAGGGGAUGAACAAGGAGCACAGUGUAAGUGUGGAGACCCUGAGCGAGCUGGGGAAACAGGACAAGAGCCACCUGGGAGUGUGUGUCAUCAGUGCAAACUGCAGGGCCUAUAGCGACGGGCAGCUGGCCCCAGCCAACAAGGGCAGCACAGAGAGCAUGGAGGGAGACAAUCUGACCCCCACCUCUCCUUCGUCCUCCACCAACCCCUUCUCCCUCAAACCUCAGCACAGGCACCAGCAUAAAGCCAAGCUGGCUGCUGCUAAACUGCACCUCAAGAGUCUGUUUGGACAGAGUCCUAAUUCGUCAAAUUCCAACCUGUCUAAUGCAGACCAGAAAGACAGUGCUACAGAGAGGAGGUCUCGCCUGGUCUUCAUGCGUCAGUGGAGUCAGGUGGGCCACAGUAAGAAGAGGAAGAUCAGCCAGGAAGAGCUGGAGAAAUGGGCCACGUCCCUGAACGCGCUGCUGGCCAGCCACACUGGUGUUUCAGUGUUUGGAGCAUUCCUGCGCUCUGAGUUCAGCGAGGAGAACCUGCAGUUCUAUCUGGCCUGUGAGCAGUACAGACACUCGUCCAACAACUUCAGUCUGCAGAGGAGGGCCAAGGAUAUCUGCACCACCUACAUCCAGCCAGGUGCCCCCCGGGAGGUGAACCUGGACAGCAAGACGCGGGAGCUGAGCCUCCAGCUGCUGCAGGCUCCCUCUCACACCUCUCUGGACCACGCUCAGAAACGCAUCUACUCGCUCCUGGACACGGACUGUUAUCCACGAUUCCUCCAGUCCAACAUCUACCUCUCAUUACUGCGAGAGGAUGACUAGAACAGUGGCUUAGCUAUUCCCAGAACAUGCUAAACUCUGUAGACCCUAAGCCUAAUAUAGAGCUGCUGUUUGUGUA